GAUCUUGGUGAAAGAAAACGAUAAAAAUGUCGAGUAGCAAGUGUGUGAAACAACCGCGUAAAGCGUAUGCGAAGGAGCAGCACGAAAUGAGCCAUUCGGAGAAGUUAAGACUAAUCGAUGACGAGUUAAAUUCAUUUUACAAAUAUUGUCAGCAAGCUGGUUUUACCGAGGAAGAAAUGGAUAUAAUUUGUCAACCAUUGGUAGCGGCAAUGCGCCGUUCAUGGUUGCAACUCGUUUUUCGUGGUACUUUGAUACUCGUUGUGCUUGGUACAUUGGCUUGUCUGGCGGCCCAACUUGAUUUCGUUGGGACUCAUUUUACUGCUCUUAGCCGUUUAUUAUUGAUCAAAGUAUUACCAAUAUGGAACUGGCAACCUCUUUAUUACGAAAAUUGCAUGAUUAAUAAUCCCUUUUACAAUGAUUAUACGAUUACGGAGGAAGAUUGCGUGACUUGCGAAGCACUUGAAACGAUUGAUCGUUUAUCGGACGUAAGAUAUCGCAGCCUCGUUGAUAAUUAUCUUAGUCGUGAUGCACCAGCUAUCAUCACCGAUGCAAUGGACACAUGGGCGGUUAUGAAUACGGAUUACUUUUGGUUCGAUAAUAUAACUCACCUUUACUUGGAGAACGAACGUUUGAUGGAAACGGUCCCAUGUGCUCUCACGUCUAAUUUACGAACCGGUUCGUCCGAUUUAGCGGCUUUUUUACGUCGAGUACACUCGCCCGAAGUUGCCAAAUGGUUUGUUCAUUGGCAAAAUUGUGACAUAAAUGCCGUCAAAGUAUUAAGAAAAUAUUAUCAGAGACCUUACUUCCUAUCGAGCACGGUCUCCCCGGCACACUUCAAUUGGGUUCUCAUGUCCUCAGAUUAUAACAGUCCUAGUUAUAAAAAAGUCGAAUUAGAUUCUGGCUUGAUAGCUUUGGCACAGCUUCGUGGUGCCACCCAAUUGCGAUUAACACCUAUCAAUCCGUGCAAUAGUUCUUGUCCUGAACUUAUUGCUGAUUUACAUCAAGGAGAGAUGCUUGUAUUUACCAACCUGAUGUGGACUUUGGAAUAUGCACCAAUGCGUGGAUUGGAUAACAUCGCUAUCCUUACGGAAACCGUUUGGGAAGAAGACAGUUAAAUCGUAAAAUCGUUACUUUUCAAUUAAUAUAACGAUCGUGGUUUCUUGAUCUUGAAACUUUUUCAAGAGCUUUCCCAUCUUUAAUACAUGUAUCGAUAUAAACGUAUUAAAUAGGACGUAUUCCAUCGAUCGUGUAUACGUUUGUUUCAUUGAUAUGUAUAUUUCAAUGAAGAAAAAAAAAAAAAAAAAAUAUAAUAAAAAAUAUCGCCAACUUUGACAAUUCGUAUACAUACUGUAACGUCGAGAGAAAUACU